UACAGACAAAUAGACAAACAUACAAACAAACAUACAUACAGCAGACAGACAGACAGACGGACAGUCACAUAUUUGGACAGAGAAACAAACAGAAAACAGGCAGACAAAUGGACAGACAGACACACACAGACGGACGGACAGAUGGAUGGACAGACAGACAGAGUGAUGCUGCAUGGAUGCUUGUGUGUAUUAAAUUUUUGUGUGUAGAAGUCUCGUUAUCAACAACCAAACAGCGUUAUCCACUUCUAACCUUCCUAUUCAAGUUGGUCGAGUUUCUAAUUUCUUUUGUUGCUUGUUUAGCAAAUGAUUCUAUUUGUUAUAUAUUUGUCACACAUAUAUACUUGUUAUUGUUGUGGAGAAGGCCGGAUUCUCUGGAUUUUCCAAUGGAAAGUCUAACACAACACAAACAGACACCGGAAUUUCAAAGACAAUAUUCAGUCAUCUGAUGCGAAGUCUGGUCUAGAUAUUACUACCAACUAACUAUCGGUUGUGGAAACACAUCGUGUCAGAACAGACUGUGUCAAUCAUGUUCACGGAGUCAACAGUAUACAAUUGAGUAUGCAGUCUUGAUGAGUAUGGAACUCGCAUCACGAUCAGAGUCAAAGUUUCUUUGCCCUGGUUGUAAGAACAAAAGUGCUAUAAUUCAGCUGUCGGACUUUGAGAGCCCAUCUAACGAACGCUCUUUUUUACAAUCUCUCUUUCUCACUACGCCUUUCAAGUCGCUUCUUACAGCACGUUUGCGGAGACAUUCGGCAGACUAUGCUGAUGUGUGGUCAAUGAGGCAAGGCUAUUGGACUGCAGAGGGACAAAGUAAGCUGAGCAAAGAGUCGGAUUGUAUUGGUCGACGUGGAGCUGGCAUGCAGCUUGAUCUGAGUGGUGGCAUGGACCUACGGCCAGCGACAGCCUUUUCAACAUCUGUAGACUGGCCUACUGUGGAAGGUUUAUCUGUAUCUCAUCUGACAUUGCCUAUUAUAGAGGCAGUUAUUGCAAAGUAUGUGGAAACCGAAGAUCCUUCAUUUCUCAUCAGUUUGCUAAGAAAUGUGUUUGUGUCAUCAGACGCUCUAAACAUGAGCUUCGUGGAAUCUUACGAAAAUGCUCAGAAUUUUUUGUCUCUUUCGUCAACAGGUGGGAAUGACGAAGUGCUGGUUGGAGACUUGGAUUUAGGAGCUGUCAGGCAAGCAUACCACCUGCUGGUGAAGCUUGAGCCAACGGAAAUUUUCCACACCACAAUUAUUGAUGCUACAGCAAUUCUUCUCACCACAUUAGAAUCUGCUAACAUAGAGCCAACCGAGAUCAACCAGCUGUUGAUAAUUCUUGAAAACCCAUUGCUCGAAGAACCAUCAUGUCAUGAGUUAUUAAAGAAGCUGUGCCGAAUCUUAGCCUCACUAAAUGACAACUCUAUACGGGAGCUGACAGCAUAUCUGUUAGACUAUGAUAGUGUCUCGUUUUCUCGAUUACUAAAGAUGUUUCAAGAUCACUUUAGUUCUUUGCUGUAUCCAUGCCAACGUGCCGAACCCCACCUCUUUCCACAUUUGAAGGUUCUUGCACUAUUGUAUGAUGUCAUGAAACAGUCUGAAUCUGUGGAAUGUGGUGCUGGUAAGGCACUGUACACUGACUUCUAUUGUGAGGCAAUAGCAAAGAGACUUGAUUUCAAGGCUGAUUAUAAUCGUUGGAAAAAACGAAUGUCAAGUAUAGCUGCAAGUUCUUCUGUGCUUCCAACUGUUGAUGACUACAGUUUACUUGAUUUUCCAUUUCUAUUUGAUCCAGCAUGUAAAGUCCGUGUGUUGCACAUCGAUGCAGUUAUGCAAAUGAGGCAGGAGUAUCAGGAUGCUCUCGUUCAUCAAGCAGCAGUUCAACAGGCUCAACUGUUGUUAGAAGACAGAGAAAAAAGUAUAGUUGAUGUCUUUUACUCUGCAUCAUGUCCCUUCUUUGUGCUUGAAGUUAGGAGAGACCAUCUUGUUGAAGAUGCAUUAGUCAAAUUAGCAGGAAAGCAACAUCAUUUUAAGAAGCCUCUGAAAAUAUCUUACAUUGGAGGAGGAGAGCAGGGUCUGGACAUGGGGGGAUUACAGAAAGAGUUCUUUCAUCUUAUUGUUGAUGCAGUGUUUGAUCCUGCAUUUGGUAUGUUUGUCUACUCUGAUGAGACUCACUGCUUCUGGUUCAACAGUGCUUCUCUGGAAACAGAGAAAGAAUUUGAAUUGGUGGGAAUAUUGCUGGGGUUGGCCAUCUACAAUGGAGUGAUCCUUGAUAUCCGCUUUCCUAGAGCUGUGUACAAGAAACUGCAAGGGGAAACAUUGUCUCUUUCUGAUCUUAUUGAUUGUCAGCCAUCUUUAGGCCAUAGUUUACUACAGUUGCUCGAAUAUGAGGGAGAUGUAGAAAAUGCUUUCUGUUAUUCAUUCCAAGUUUCAUACAUGAUGUAUGGACAGGUUAAAGACGUUGAUCUUAUACCUAAUGGAUCAUUGAUAGCCGUCACCAGUCAUAAUCGUCAUGAAUUUGUGGAUCUGUAUGUUCAUCAUUUACUUGAGGAAAGUAUUGCUCCUCAAUUUGAGUCAUUUGCACGUGGUUUGAAGUCGGUGUGUGGCAGUGAUGUCCUGAGUUUGUGUCGUUCAGAUGAACUGGAGAUGCUCAUCUGUGGUAGCCCAGAAUUGGAUUUCAGUAGUCUUGAGAAGUCUGCACGUUAUGAAGAUGGAUACAAACGAAAAUCUCCUGUCAUUCAAUGGUUGUGGGAUGCAGUACAAACAAUGACACACGAACAGAAACAACAGCUUCUCUUGUUUGUUACAGGAAGCAACAGGGUACCACUGAAAGGAAUUUCCAGUCUGGCUUUUACCAUUCAGAGGAAUGGUCCGGAUUCAGAUAGAUUGCCAACAGCUAUGACGUGUUUCAACAGACUGCUCCUGCCCGAAUACUCUGACAAGAACAAAUUGACCGACAGACUAACAAAAGCUUUGGAAAAUUCGAGGGGAUUUGGUCUGACAUGAUAAUCUAGAUCUGCUAGCUACAGUCAGUCUGAACAGUAGGUAGCUAUAUAUAGCUAUUUAUUGAAUGAAAGUUGUAUAUCUACUAUAUAUAGCUAUUUAUUGAACGAAAGUUGUAUAUCUACUA